GGGGCAGGGCUGCGGCACGGCCCGGCAGGAAGCACUGCAGGCGGUCACGCAGCACCACGGCUGCGGCGGUGCAGUUCCAGGCCUCCAUCUUGAUGAGCACUGAGGGAGGAAGGAGUUCGUGGGCCUUUGAGUCAUUCUGUGCCGCACGGUAUUAAAUUGCCUUACACCGUGCUGCAUUGGUGAGCAGGAACCACGUGGGACACAGGAGUAAGAGCAGAAGGUGCCCUGUUGGGUCCAGGCGUGUCGAGGCAGAGCAGUUGUUAGGAUUUAAGACAGUGAGGUCAAGGAUUAAUGAGCAGUAAGGUUAUUUUUUUUUCAGGGUGGUGGUAUGAGAGUUGCAGACUUAAAGCGUGUGUUCAAGAUGUCCAUUCUGAAGAUCCACGCCCGUGAAAUCUUUGAUUCUCGUGGGAAUCCCACUGUUGAGGUAGACCUCUACACCAACAAGGGUCUGUUCAGAGCUGCUGUUCCCAGCGGUGCCUCAACUGGAAUCUAUGAAGCUCUAGAGCUUCGUGACAAUGACAAGACACGCUACUUGGGAAAAGGUGUCUCAAAAGCUGUUGAGCACGUCAAUAAAACAAUUGCACCUGCACUGAUUAGCAAGAAUGUCAACGUGGUGGAGCAAGAAAAGAUAGACAAACUGAUGCUGGAAAUGGAUGGAACGGAGAACAAAUCUAAAUUUGGUGCCAAUGCCAUCUUGGGUGUAUCUCUGGCUGUUUGCAAAGCUGGUGCUGCUGAGAAGGGUGUCCCCCUGUACCGCCACAUUGCUGACCUUGCUGGAAACCCUGAAGUCAUUCUGCCUGUUCCUGCUUUCAAUGUCAUCAACGGUGGCUCCCAUGCUGGCAACAAGCUGGCUAUGCAGGAGUUCAUGAUCCUCCCUGUGGGUGCUGACAACUUCAAGGAGGCAAUGCGCAUUGGUGCAGAGGUCUAUCACAAUCUGAAGAAUGUUAUCAAGGAGAAGUAUGGCAAGGAUGCAACCAACGUGGGUGAUGAGGGUGGCUUUGCCCCCAAUAUCCUUGAAAAUAAAGAAGCUCUGGAGUUGCUGAAGACUGCUAUUGGCAAGGCUGGCUACUCUGACAAGGUUGUCAUUGGCAUGGAUGUGGCUGCCUCAGAGUUCUACCGUGAUGGAAAGUAUGACCUGGACUUCAAAUCCCCUGAUGAUCCCAGCAGAUACAUUUCUCCUGACCAGCUGGCUGACCUGUACAAGGGCUUUGUGAAGAACUACCCAGUGGUGUCCAUUGAAGACCCUUUUGACCAGGAUGACUGGGCUGCCUGGAAGAAGUUCACUGCCAGUGUUGGCAUCCAAGUGGUUGGUGAUGAUCUGACUGUGACCAACCCAAAGCGUAUUGCCAAGGCUGUGGAGGAGAAAUCUUGCAACUGCCUGCUCCUUAAGGUCAACCAGAUUGGCUCUGUGACAGAGUCUCUGCAAGCUUGCAAGCUUGCCCAGUCCAAUGGCUGGGGUGUGAUGGUGAGUCACCGCUCUGGGGAAACAGAAGAUACCUUCAUUGCUGAUCUGGUGGUUGGUCUCUGCACUGGUCAGAUCAAAACUGGUGCCCCUUGCCGAUCUGAGCGCCUAGCCAAAUACAACCAGCUGUUGAGAAUUGAAGAGGAGCUUGGCAGCAAGGCCCAUUUUGCUGGAAGGAACUUCAGGAACCCUCGUAUCAACUAAGCUGUUUGGAUCGUACAACCCUGUUCUGGUUUAAAGCACUAGUCACCUGUUUAGAUCAGUUUCCUGUAUUAGAAAGAUAAGGGCAGCUGAAGGAAAAAGUAAAGUUUGCAGGUCCUCUCCCUUCCCCCUAGAUGACUCCUUUACGUAGUGUUCUCACCAGCUCUGAUUUGUUACUUGUAAUGCUCUGCUGCUUUUCUAGAACAGUCUCAGUGGGGUUUUGUGUGGUAAACAUCUUCUGGAACCAUGACCUUUUAAUACUGGGCGUAAACACUUCUCUGCCUGUCUGUUCUUCAGUGUUUGGAGCUGUGACUUGCAAUGCAGUAAGAGGUACCUGCAAACAGAAAUAGUAGUGUUUUUACAUGUGACAAAUAAAAGCAUCCAACAACCCAA